AUGGCCAAGGAAAGUUAUUAUGGAUUUUCAUUUUUGUGUGUUUGUGCUUUUCAGUGUUGUUGGAAGGUCACAUGCAGAAGAGUCCAUAUUCAAGAGGUAGGUCUCGUGGAUUGGGGGGAGGUUGAAAAUGAGGAGCACCCCUCCCCCAAAAGUGCCAGCCCCCGCAUUCUCAACCCCCUGCGCCUUUUCGCCCGGGGAUCCCCUGGGUUCAAGAGCAACAGGAGGGAGAUUACAUAUUUGGAAAACAUCGAGGACUCUUGGGACUGGUUAUCUAACCAGACAGAUGUCAGAGAGGCGCAGAGCAGGACUAAACGCAGACCAAUCGUGAAAACGGGCAAGUUUAAAAAGAUGUUCGGCUGGGGUGACUUCAACUCCAACAUCAAAACUGUGAAACUAAAUCUCCUCAUUACAGGCAAGAUAGUGGACCACGGCAACGGCACGUUCAGCGUUUAUUUCCGCCACAACUCCACGGGCCUGGGGAACGUCUCCGUAAGCCUGGUGCCGCCUUCCAAGGUGGUGGAGUUUGAGAUCCCCCAGCAGUCCACCCUGGAGACAAAAGACUCAAAAUCUUUCAACUGUCGUAUCGAGUACCAGAAAACAGACCGCAGCAAAAAGACUUCACACUGCAGCUAUGAACCGUCCAACACGUGUUACCAAGAAUCCACCCAGAGCCACGUGUCCUGGCUCUGCUCGAAACCCUUCAAAGUCAUAUGCAUCUACAUCGCCUUCUUCAGCACUGACUAUAAACUGGUUCAGAAAAUCUGCCCAGAUUACAACUAUCACAGUGACAUGCCGUAUGCAUCCACGGGUUAAGAUCCAGUCCAUCCUAGACAGUGAGAACUGUCAUCCUCAUUGUCAGCAUGUGUAAAAUGUUUCACAUUAGGCUACACUAUUGGCAUUGCCUUGGCCUUUUGUGAUAUGACAGUCAGGACAUUUGAGGGCAAAGUAACUGAUCAACACUUUUGUAUUUUGACUUUAAAAACCCACUGAAUGGUGAAGUUUUUUGGGGUUUUUUUUUUUUUUUUUAAACACAAUCUUUCACUAAUUCUCAUGUUAAUAAAACACAGACCUACUGAGAAUAGAUUACACAUAAAACACCUUUUUAUUGUAAGGUUUAUGCGUGUGUUAAUAUGUGUUUAUUUUAUUGAGCAAUGGCCUCUUGUUCAGCACUAAAUUGUGUGAAGCAUUUGUCAAGAUAAGUGCGAACGGGGUUAAAUCAUUCAGCAAAGACAUUACAUACAAAUUACUCUUAGUUAUUUAGCAUUUCACAAAAACUUUAUGUGUGAAUUGAGAUUUGUGUAUAAUUUCAAAGAGUAAUUUGCAACGUCUCAUGAGAGCACAAUUCAUUGGACAGCUGGAUUUAGUGAAUCUGGCAGCCGGUUAACAAUCCUUUGUCAUGGUCUUGCCGCAGAGAUCCACAUUUCCAGGCUCCAAUUAACAUUAAUUAUAGUGGGAAAUUUCACUUACAAACCAUGACAAAGGGGACCGGAGCCAAAAACUGAAAUUUAGCAUGUCAGUCAUGUAGCUAGCAAACAUCUAUUCAUGCCAGUGACUUCAAACUCUUUCAUGUCCUCUGUUCAUGGAAAAGUGAAAAUGUGUAAGGAGUAAAAUACAGAUGUUUAUGCAAACACAAAUGAGGGUAAUUUAAUACAAUAUGCAAGUCUACCUUGUAUUAAAUCUUUCAUAAUUUAAAACAGUAUAUGGCGAUCAUUUGAAGGAAUCAUUUAUGUUUGCUCAUUGUAGUCUAAAUGUCAGUGUGUCACAAUGAACCAGCUGAAAUGCCAGUCUGAUCAUCAGAAAUGGAAUUCUCAGGUUCCAUGUGUGUGUGUGUGUGUGUGUGUGUGCCAAAAAGAUUAUGACUGUUUAUUUCAUUUUUCCCAUUUCAAGAGUGACUGAUCUGGAUCACAGUUCUGCUCGAAGUGAAGAAUCAGAUGGAUAAUUAAUUGUACUGAUACUCUACUUGUCUGCACACAAACGUUACCAUCAAGAACAUGUCAAUAUGAAGAUAGCUGUUUAUAAUUGUAUUUAGUUUAUAAUCCCAUGUGCAUUUUUGUGAAUAGUGUAUAAAUGUGACUAUAAAACUGUGUGUAUUUUGCCUUUUAAGGAUGAAUUUGUUUCUUAAUCUAUCAAUCUAGCAUUAACCAUUUUCUUACUUUUGGUGUUUGACAGAUAUAUCAAGUAGAUAUAGAGCCAUCUAGCUAUUUUUUUUUUUCAGCAAAUUGUAUGCUUUAUGUUUGUCUUCAAUAUCUAUAACAUACAAAAGAAAAAAAAAAACUCAAAGAAAAUGCCUGAGAGCUUUCAGCUUUCGUUUAACCCUCUAUGGUAAGCAUUU